UUUUCGUUUCUGGGUUUUGAUUUUUCGAAACAUUUCAUACACGGGGUGUUUAAAGUUUCAAUUUUGAACUAAAUUUUCGUGUGACCCACCUCAUUAUUGUUAUUUUUUUUAAAAAAAUUUGGUAAGAGUGUUGUUUUUGUGUGUCGUAGGUAGAUUUGUGGUAGGUUUGGUCUGAAACCCGAAGCAUUUGUUUGAUGUUUCCAAGGUUGGGAUUUUGGUUAUUGAGCGUGUGGAAUUGAUGGAACAGUUUGUUGCUACCCCUUGUGAUUGAUCCGCGUGCUUCAGUUUGUGCUUGGUCCAUUGGGGUGUCUUGGAUUGUUCGGGGUCAUGCAAAAAAUGGCUUCUGGGGGUUGGUCGGACAAACAUGGCUUCUAGUCAUCCAUUCUUUGAUGAUAUCCGAAGCAGAUCAAGCGUCGAUCCUCCUCAAACGGAAGAGCCAACUGAAGUUGGUGAACUUGUGAAUGAGCCUCUGCAGACUGCCCUUAAACCUCACGGGACUGUUACAAGCAGUGUUCGCGAGCUGUUAGAGUGCCCUGUGUGUUUAAAUGCUAUGUACCCUCCAAUCCACCAGUGUUCAAAUGGUCACACUUUAUGCUCUGGUUGCAAACCCAGAGUCCAUGAUCGGUGCCCUACAUGUAGGCACGAGCUUGGCAAUAUCAGAUGUCUGGCACUAGAAAAGGUGGCUGCAUCAUUAGAACUUCCAUGUAAAUAUCAAGGUUUUGGAUGCAUGGGCAUAUACCCAUAUUACAGCAAGCUAAAGCAUGAAUCUCAAUGUGCAUUUAGACCUUAUAAUUGCCCAUAUGCUGGUUCAGAAUGUUCAGUUAUGGGUGAUAUACCUUACCUUGUGACCCAUCUGAAAGAUGAUCAUAAAGUGGACAUGCACAAUGGUUGUACUUUCAAUCACCGUUAUGUCAAAACAAAUCCACAAGAAGUCGAAAAUGCCACGUGGAUGUUAACGGUUUUCAGUUGCUUUGGUCAGUAUUUCUGUCUACACUUUGAAGCUUUUCAGCUAGGAAUGGCUCCUGUCUACAUCGCCUUUUUGCGGUUCAUGGGGGACGACAAUGAGGCGAAGAACUACACGUACAGUCUGGAGGUGGGUGGAAAUGGGAGGAAGAUGAUUUGGCAAGGGGUGCCCAGAAGCAUUAGGGAUAGCCACCGCAAGGUUCGUGACAGUUUUGAUGGUCUCAUCAUUCAGAGGAGCAUGGCUCUUUUCUUUUCUGGGGGUGACAAGAAGGAACUGAAACUACGAGUCACUGGGAGAAUUUGGAAAGAGCAGUGAACAAUGAUGACCUAUUUGUAUUAGCUACAUUAGUUUGUAGUGUACCUAUUUCUUAAUUCUUUUGUAGUGGUAUGGAUCUUCUGUUCAUGUAUUGCAUUUUGUAAUUUAGGUGGCAACAUCUCUUUGCUUAGCUCUAGAUCAAAUACAUGAACAAGAAGGCUCAUUAUGAUAUAUUUUAAUAUAGAUGUGUAAUCUUAGCUUGCUCC